AUGUCUCCCAGCGACACCAACCUGUCUGGGGGUGUCGCCGGCUCAUCCCGGAAGCAGCAGAUCUCACAUCAUCCAGAACCACAUUCUUCCGUCCCACAACUGCACCCAAAUGCGUCGCCUCCUCCGGGAUCCUCUCCUCUAACCAGUAUUCAGAUAUACUCCACGCGCAUCCCUCAAGCAUGGGUUACGCCGUUCUGUGGAGCAAGUGCGGGUAUCGCAUCCGGAAUAGUGACUUGUCCCUUGGACGUUAUCAAAACAAAGCUACAAGCCCAAGGUGGAUUCCAGCUAAGGCGAAAUGGAAAGCUGGUCGACACGGGCACGUUGUACAAGGGGAUGUUAGGAACCGGAAGAAUGAUCUGGAAAGAUGAAGGCGUCCGCGGAUUAUAUCGAGGGCUAGGGCCCAUGCUUUUGGGAUACCUGCCAACUUGGGCCAUCUAUUUAACGAUCUACGAUCAGUCUAGAGAGUAUUUCUGGGAAAAGACAGAAAAUUGGUGGAUGGCCCGUGGUUAUGCAUCCCUCACGGCUGGAGCCUGCUCAACGGUGGCCACAAACCCGAUUUGGGUCAUUAAAACGAGGCUCAUGUCGCAAAGUUUUACUCCCUCAACCAAUGGUUAUCGUGCCCCCUGGUAUUACAAAAGCACGCUAGAUGCUGCUCGCAAGAUGUAUGCGAGUGAAGGAAUAGCCGCAUUCUAUUCUGGCCUUACCCCUGCCUUGCUUGGUCUAUCCCAUGUCGCCAUCCAGUUUCCUCUUUACGAAUACUUCAAAAUGGCCUUUACAGGGUUUGGGAUUGGAGAGCAUCCAGACGAAGGUAAUACUCACUGGCUAGGAAUCAGCGCUGCUACUUUCCUUAGCAAAAUCUGUGCCAGUACAGCCACAUAUCCUCACGAAGUGCUGCGAACUCGCUUGCAAACACAGCAACGAGGUGAUCCAGCUCCAUCUCCUGAAGGAAUCGCAUUUCGUGGCGGUUUGGAACAGCCUCAGGACCAUGGCCGACCGCCAGGUUUAGGCGCUGGUGCAUCAUCUUCAGAUGGCAUGCGCAAUCGCCCACGCUACAGCGGAGUGAUUCGCACGUUUCAAACUAUUCUUAAGGAAGAGGGAUGGCGGGCAUUCUAUGCCGGAAUUGGCACAAAUCUAUUUCGUGCAGUUCCGGCCGCGAUGACUACGAUGUUGACUUACGAAUAUUUGCGGAAUAUCAUACAUUACACUCAACACGAGGGAGAUAGAAUCUUGACCGAGGAAACGGCGUCGGCUUAUUAACUGCGAAUAAUUCAUUUUUUAAAAAAAAUUCCUGAAGGAAUCUGGAAAUGUACAGUGGGAAAGGAUCCUUAAUGACCAGCUUCAGAUAAUCUUUUUCACGUGGGUGACCAGCCU